GGGCAACCCGGAGUAUGCGCGCUGGUGGUACGCCGAUCAGUGAAUCGUCGGUGAUCUAUUAGUUUUAACUCGUCCCAUCACUUCAACUCCGUCCGGUCCGGCCAUCUCUCCCACUCGAUCUCACCGCUGCCAUGGCGGCAGCAUCCGCCUUGCCCGUCUCUUCCCUCGCCCUCACAGCCACAGCCACCUCCCGCUCCCUCCGGUCAACCGUGGCCACCCCCGGCAAGCCGCGCUCGCCCUCGCCGGCACCUCGCCCGGGCGUUGACCGUAGCAGUGCCGUGGUGCGCGCUACUGCUCAUGUCCCCGAACCGGACACCACCAUCCAAGUUCAAGCUGGAAGCAAGUGGAAACCAGCUAUCUGUGUGGUCAUUGUGGAGGUAUUCAACACCGGGACUAUACUGCUAGGCAAGCUAGCACUUGACGGCGGCAUGUUCGUAUUCUCCUUGCUCUCAUACAGAAGUGUUCUUGGUGCCGUUUUCAUGUUGCCAUUUGCCCUAUUCCUUGAAAGAGGGAGGUGGAAAGAGUUGAACAUGAAAGCUCUUGGAUGGCUCUUUAUCAAUGCAUUUCUUGGAUACUCUCUGCCCAUGGCAUUAUACUACUACGGGCUCCACGACACGACUGCUUCAUAUGGUGUGAUCUUCUCCAGUCUGACUCCCCUCUUCACCUUUGUCCUUUCACUAUUGCUUGGCAUGGAGAGCUUGCGCCUCAAGUCUAAGGAGGGCAGCGCGAAAGUGGUUGGGGCACUGGUGUGCUUUGCUGGGGCUCUUCUGAUUAGCCUGUACAAGGGAGAAGAACUUCAUCUCUUGUCUCCAGUUUUAAAGGGCAUCACUAAGAGUUCUCAUGGAGUAGCCGGAGGACACCACCACUCGAGGGGCACCUUGCUUUUGCUGGGAGAUAGCAUCUGCUAUGCGUUUUGGUACCCUAUCCAGGUCAAAGUUCUAAAGGUCUACCCAUGGAAAUACUGGUCAACUGUAUUGACCUGUGUUCUAGGUGGUUUGCAAACCUGUGCCGUAGGAAUAAUUAUGAGAAGGGACAAACUGGCUUGGCAAGUUGGAUGGAACAUCCAACUAUUAACAAUUGUUUACUCAGCUGCACUUGGCACAGCAGCCAAGUAUUGGUUGAAUCUCUAUGCCGUGGAAAAACGAGGCCCAGUUUUUCCACCCAUGUUCAGCACUCUGUCAAUUAUCUUCACGAUGGUUCUUGGGGCACUACUACUAGGAGAAACUCUCACAGUUGGCAGCUUGUUGGGCAGUGCGUUUGUUUUCAUUGGACUGUACACGUACCUCUAUGGAAAGGCAAGAGAGGUACAUGCAAAGACAGCACCAGGUUCAAGCCAUGAAAGUCUUCAAGUCCAACCUGUCCCUGAUUCAAAGUGUGACGAUCCAGAAUCGGGUCCUUGAUUCUGGGGAAACUAUUCCUGUAGUGAGCUUUGAAUGUGCAGUUGACAUCAGCUGUGGUUAGCAUGUGAGAUAGUGAAGUAAGAUGGUCUAACCAAUCCUAAGGCGUGUCGUGCUGCAUUAAUGUCUUGUUGGAUUAUAUGAUUGUGAUGCCACCUAGGACAAUAUAUUCAACUUGAGAAUGCAUGCAACUGCACUAUGUAUUAGUAGAACACACUGACGAGCAAGGUGUUGGUGUUUUGUUGAACUAGUAUUUUGUGCUAUCUAGUGACGUUAUUUGGAGAAGUUAGUAUCUCUUGGUGUUGCAUUCUUGUUUUGCAAGUUGUUGCAGCAAGUCGUGUUUGUGUGUUUU